AUGACGUUCAACGGAACCUGGAAAGUCGACCGCAACGAAAACUACGACAAGUUCAUGGAGCAGAUGGGCAUCAAUGUCAUGAAGAGGAAGCUGGCUGAACAUGACAACCUGAAAAUCACCAUUCAGCAAACAGGAGACAAGUUUCUGGUGAAGGAAUCUAGCACCUUCCGAACAAAAGACAAUGAGUUCACACUGGGAAUGCAAUUUGAUUAUGCCCUGGCAGAUGGAACUGAAGUCUCUGGUACUUGGGUCUUGGAAGGAGAUGUGCUCAAAGGGAAAUUCACUAGGAAAGACAAUGGAAAGGAACUCAUCACCACCAGGACAAUAGCUGGGGAUGAACUCGUACAGAGCUACAGCUAUGACGGAGUGGAUGCCAAGAGAAUUUUCAAGAGGGCUUAGCAGGGUUCUCCCCAAGAUUCAGUCACCUACAGCCACAGCUCAGUGUUGCUCCAGGACGUGAAUGUGAACAGCGUUUCAGACCCAGUCAUAAUUUCCUGUGCACACAAACUAGGUUUGAUUCAUUAUAAGACAUUCAUUUUUA